AUGGCUGCGGACCUGGGCUGUGCAAUCCAGGCCUCCUUGAAUCACGGCUCCACGCUUAAAGAGUAUGAUACUGACUGUGAAAUCUUCCGUCAGCGCUUCAGGCAGUUCCAAUACCAAGAAGCAGCCGGGCCUCGUGAAGCUUUCAACAACCUCUGGGAGCUUUGCUGUCAGUGGUUGAAGCCAACGAUGCAUUCUAAGGAAGAAAUCUUGGAGCUGCUAGUGUUGGAGCAGUUCCUAACUAUUCUGCCCUCGGAGAUAGAGAGCUGGGUAAGGCUGUACCGCCCAGAGAAUAGAGAAAGUGUUCUGGCACUGAUAGAAGACUUAGAGAGAGAACUUGAGAUACCAGAGCAGCAGGUCGGUGGGCAGGAAAUGCUCUUGGAAGAACUGGCACCAGUGGGAACAACACACAUACCACCAGACAUCCAACUGGAGUCACCAGACAUCCAACUGGAGUCACCAGACAUCCAACUGGAGUUACCUGAGCUUCACGUCCUAGGACCUUCCCAGGAGGCCACAGUGACAGAGGAGUGGAUCCCACAGGCAGGGCCACAGAACCCGACAGAUGGUGAUGUUAGGGAAUGCCAGCCCUUUUCCGAGCCAGGUUUUGAUAUUUGUAGCGAAACUGAAGAAAAUAUUUCCCAACAGAAAACACUGGAGAAUAUGUAUCAAUUUAUUUUUACUUUUGAGGAUAAUGCUCUCCAUACUCAAGUUUUACAAGAAAAUGAUAAACAAUUAGAAAAUAAAGGGGAAAACCUCCCAUAUUUAUCAAAGCUUUUAGAUAAUCAGAUCUGCCCUCUAGGAGAAAAACCUGAGAGCUCUAACCUGGAAACACUUCCCACUCCUAGACCCAGUAAGAAAAAGAGUCCACAAGGGAAAACUCACCAAUGUUCUCAUUGUGGUAAAUGUUUUCCUUGGAAGUCACAGCUUACUGGACACCAGAUUAUCCACUCAGGAGCAGAACCUCAUAAUUGCCCUGAAUGUGGGAAAAGCUUCCUUCGUAGGUCAGACUUUUACAGACACCAACGACUUCACACAGGGGAAAGGCCCCAUGAAUGCACCGUAUGUAAAAAACGAUUCACUCGGCGGUCACACCUUAUAGAGCACCGCAAAAUUCAUUUUGAAGGAGAAACACAUAAAUGCCUUGAGUGCAAGAAAAGUUUUUGCCAUUCAUCAAGUUUUAAAAGACAUCUGAAAACUCAUACAGGUGAAAAACCUCAUAGAUGUAAUACUUGUGGAAAAAGUUUUAUUCGACUGACAGCUCUUACUUUGCACCAGAGAACUCACACUGAAGAGAGACCUUUUAAAUGUAAUUACUGUGAGAAAAGCUUUAGACAGAAAGCAAGCCUGGUUAUCCAUUUAAGAAUUCAUACAGGGGAGAAGCCAUACAAGUGUAGGUAUUGUUCUCAAAGCUUCAGGCAAAGAACAGGCCUUACUAUGCACAAAAUCACUCACGUUACAGAAGAUUCUUCUAAGAAUUGUUGAGGAAAACUGGUCCUACAGAAGUUGACAGUGACACAUAAAAAU